AGUCAUCAUCAGAUAAACUGCUUUACCUGCCAUCUGUGCUCAAAUGCUCAAAUGCAUACUGUUAAAAUAAAUAAAGGCGUAUUUUGAAGCUGAUCUUACAAUAUAUCACUCCAUAAUCUUUCAAAUUUUAAUUCCUGUGAAUCUUUAAUUACUGUAUUUAAUUUCAAGUGAGUGAAUUUCAUCAAUAACUCUUUCUCAUAAUCACUAAAGAAAAAAUGGCAGACAAUUCUCAUAACAAGGCUGACUACCAAGCCAUUGAUGUCGAAUCUUCACCAGAGAGAGAUCAACCAUUUUCUCAGCCUGGCACCUCGACUCAACCUAAAGUCGAUCAAGUACAGCAGCAAGUGGCCCAAGUAACCAACAUGAUGCAAGAAAAUAUAUCUAAAAUUCUGGAUCGUGGACAAAAAUUAGAUCAUUUAGAGGAUAGAUCUGCCUUACUAUCAUCCAAGUCCGAAGAUUUCAGAGUAUCCUCCAGACGAUUAGGAAGGAAGAUGAAAUGGCAAAAUAUGAGAGUAAAUAUUAUUAUUGGUUUAAUCGUAAUAGCUCUUAUAAUAAUUAUAUACUUUGCGUUUUGUUUUCUAUUUUAUACCAUAGGUUAAACAUUGAUAAUUUUUGUAACCAUGAAACGAAAAAAGGAUGAAAAGUUAUUUUUCUGCUUCAAUUCCUCCAAAAGAAUAAUCUAGAAUAAUCUGUAUCUCUUCGCUGUAACGAUUUAUAAUCUACAUUGAAAUUGUUAUGAAUUCUGUUAUUACAAUUCAGCACUAAAGUAUGCAUCUUCUUGUUUUGCGUAUAAUUUCCCCUUCCUUUCAAUAUGACUCUUCAUGCACAUAUUCAUUUGUAAAAUAUCAUUUAUUUUCAAUUGUUGAUAUAUUUUUAUACUAUUUUCAGUAAAUCACUAAUAUCCCAAUCAUUCCUAUUUCUGAAAAACCAUUCAGGUGUUUACUGAUAUCCAAUAUUGAAUUAUAAUCACCCAUCAACCUUUUCUGUAA